AUGAGGGCCAAGGUUGGCAAGAAAGCGGGUGUCUUCGUCUUUCGUCCUCGAACUAAGAGUAGUGACUCAGGAUCGCAUUCUGUAGACUACAAUCACUUGCCUGAGAACGAAGAUGUUGGGAAGGGUGAGAAGUGGAGUAACGGACAUUCACACAGUAAUGGUUCGGAUCUUGGAGUUUUGGAUAGACAUGGGCAUGAUGGAGGUGUGAAUGAUGCCAGUCGACACAUGAACCAGUACACAAAUGGACAUGUCCAUUCUAAUGGGCAUGCCAUAGAUCAUGUAAAUAGUGGCUCACUGGUUGAGGGGCUUGGCAAUUUUGAUCUUAACUCAGUACCAAGAACCAGUAAUGAUACAAAUGGACACUCAGAUCACCGGGUUGACGGUACUAACAGUGUAAAUGGUGCUUCUAGUGUACCUAGUACCUCUCCUGGGGCUUCUGGAACACUUAGAGAAGACCCACUGGCGGCUCGGUUCAGAAAUCUUCGUGGUCCACGUCCAUAUCCCGAACCUGUAACCAGUGUUAGUCCUGUGGUCGAACCACAAACACAUGCUGCUGGUGAGAGUACUAUCCCAAACUCACCUUAUCUUGAUGCAGAAUCACCUCACCUACCGCCUCCUCUGUUAGCUCCAUCAAGUCUUAGCCCUCCGAAACCAUCAAUUUCACAAUCAGCAUCUUCUCUUUCACCUCCGUCUAAAAACACGCAACUGUCGGUGUCUACGCCGGCAUCGAGGUCUGCAACUCCAUCGUUACUUGGAACUCCCCCUCCUUCAUAUGAUCCACCUCCACCGCCAUCACCAGAACCGCCAAUAGCACGAGUCGAACGGCCACAGGCGCCAACUAUCCAAUUUACUAACAAAUACAACCAUCAUACGCCGAUAAUAUUCCCCAAGACCACGAUUGUCACCACUUCUACCCUUUUGAAGUAUCUGACACAUGUUCCAGAGUCAAUUUUGGUACUGGAUAUUCGAGACCGUGCUUCGUUUGACAAUGGACACAUCUCAGCGCCGAAUAUUGUAUGCAUUGAGCCUGUAUCCUUGAGGAAAGACAUGAAUGAUGGCGCUUUAGAAGACACGCUGGUUAUAGCACCUACCAAGGAACAAGAAGCAUUCAAUCGCCGUGAUUCUUAUGAGCUCGUGGUAUACUACGACUCCGAUUCAAGAUCCGAAUCGUAUCGGGGCGGCCCCAUGCCUGAUCCUCAGAGUCUCUCUUUAUACUACUUGGUAUCAGCCCUGUACGAACGAGCUUUCUCCAAGCCUUUGAAAAGGCCCCCAUGCUUGUUGGUGGGUGGUUUUGAUGCUUGGUGGGAUCAAACAAAUGGUAGAUAUAUUUCCAAGAGUCUAACUCGAAACACUGACACAAACGCUUCGCAGGUCCAGUCGGAUGAGACCGAUAAUGACGGUAUUCCUCCUUCUCCUACUGUGCCUCAGGAAAUCCCUUCCAGACCCUAUGGAUCGAGAAAGGGAAGCAUUGUAUCCACACACUCGUUUUCAAGGGAUGUAAACGAUUAUAUCAGGAGCGCACCUUCUUUAAGUGACGUUUCUGUUGACGCAUAUUCUAGUGAAAGGCCUGAUUAUGGACCAAGAAGAUUAUCCAGAGAAAGUUCUGGUAGCCGACGUGAAAGCCAUACAGAUCUUUACAACAUACAAGCUUCUGCAUAUCAUCAGACCCAGCAAUAUCAACAACAUCCCCAACAAUAUCCACGCUCACCUCACUCACAAUCAACUCAAGGGCCUCGUCAGUACCAGUCAAACCAGCAGCCACAACUACAGCCUCAGUCCCAAGGUCUCCAACAGCAUUUACAGCAGUCUCCACAAAGACAACAUUAUCAACAAGGAUACCAGCAAGGGUACCAGCCAUAUCCUCAGCUUCCAUAUCAGCAACCUCAUGCGCAUUCACAAUCAUUUGCUCAGCCAUACUCACAAGCUCCUCCUCAAACCCAACCAAGGAGAUCUUCAUAUGCUUAUAAUCAGUACACACCUCCUCCUCAGUCGUAUUCUAAUGGUAAUGGAAAUAAUAACAACAUUAAUCCACCCACUAAUGCUUCAGUUAUUGCUUCUCCAAGACCGGUAGUUGUAUAUCCAUACAACUCGGCAGAGGGUCCUAACAGCACACCUCCAAUGCAUCAUCAGUCAGUAUCGGUGCCACCUUCACCUGGCCCACCUGUAAAUGGGUACACUCGACCAGUGUCUUCAACAUCUCUGAUGGUUUCACCCCGAGAUAUUGCUAGUAAAGAAUUCACCACUGGACUCAAAAAUUUGGGAAAUACUUGUUACAUGAAUUGCAUCAUCCAAUGUCUUGCUGGCACGCCAAAAUUAGCUGAUGUGUUUGCCGAUAACUCAUACAAACAGUUUAUCAAUGUCAACAGCAAACUGGGCUAUAAGGGAGUCCUAGCUCAAACAUUUGCGGCAUUAGUACAGAGAAUGCUUCAAGGCAAGGAAGGUUAUGUGCCACCCAUUGCCUUAAAGGACUUGGCAGGAAGACUCAGAGAUACGUUUCAGGGUUAUGAGCAACAAGACUGUCAGGAGUUUCUGACCUUUAUUCUCGACGGACUACAUGAAGAACUAAAUUCCAACGGUGACAAAGCAAGAAUGAAAGAACUCACAGAAAAAGAGGAGAGUUAUAGGGAAAGAAUGAGUGUUCGUGUUGCAUCGACAAUUGAAUGGGAGCGAUAUCUCAAGUCUGACUAUUCACUCAUUGUAGACAUCGCUCAAGGCCAAUAUAGAAGUCAGCUAAGAUGUCUCACUUGUGGCCAUACUUCUACUACUUUCAACUCUUUCUCAUUUUUGUCAUUACCAAUUCCCUUGGAUAAGCAGAACGUGACAAUUCAAGAUUGUUUUGAUUUAUUCACGGCUGAAGAAAUUCUGGAUGGAGAUGAUGCCUGGCAUUGUUCGAAAUGUAAGAAGCCUCGUCGAACUAGCAAACGGUUGACGAUUGCAAGAUUCCCUCCAGUUCUAAUAAUCCAUCUCAAGCGAUUCCAGCAAAGACGAGGAUUCAUUGGGAACUCGGUGAGUAACAAACUCGAGACGCCUGUUAUGUAUCCUUUGACAGGACUAGAUAUGACUGGAUACUGGCCGAACUACACUGCUGGAGAUGAGCAGACACUCGAUAAAUUGCCUUUGAGAGGUCAAACAGCACCAUUUAUUUAUGAUUUAUAUGCCGUGGCUAAUCAUUUCGGAACAUUAAAGGGUGGCCACUAUACAUCGUUUGUGAAUAAGGGUCGCAAAGGUUGGUGUUACUUUGACGAUACUCGUGUCACUUGUGGAGUCCCAAAACAGAACGUGGUCAAUCGUCACGGCUAUGUUCUGUUUUAUGAAAGAAGACCAAUUAUACAUUAG